GUUUCCCGAUAGGGUUUUUUUUUGCGGAGUUUGUGUCUUUUUAGCUUUGGGUUCGAUGUUUUGGUUCGAUUAAUCGUUUUAUAGGGAAUAAAAAAAAGCCUCAUAACUAUAGGAACGGGAUAAUAAAUUGCUAACCGAAAUGAAUCCGCCCCAAAAAUUAAAAACCUUCGCGCUAGUUUGACUCGAAAGUAUGGGGUGUGACAACUUUCUUUAUUGACACGACAGCAAUGUUGGGUCAUAUUCUUGAAUGUGGAGGGCACCCUUAUGAUGCAGUGUUAUUGGCUGAGAAAUCAGCUCUUUUUUUGCAACACAAAUUCCUCUAUUAUAAAAUAGCAACCAUGGACGGAUAUCAACCUGAUGUGGAGCUCUCAGAUGAUCAUUAUGAUACCAAGAGACUAAACACAGAGAACAUUCCUUGUGUACUGACUUUGAUGAAGAUUGGAAACCCUUUCCUAGUAGUUCCAACACCAAAAGAAAAAUGCUGCAGCUUUUCUGGUAUUAAAAUGAUUACUGCUGUUAGGAAAAUUGACAGUUGUAAGACAUCAGCUAUGAUAUUCUUAAAGAUGGAACGAACUUUUAGAGAAAUAAAAUUUAAGCGAUGAUAUAAAUCUUCCAAGAGUUCACCUUUACUUAUC